UCCAUGCAGUGCCGUAAUAAAUAAACAAACAAACGAUCUUGAGAUUUUUAUUUUAAUAGCGAAGAAAUUUUAGGCAUUUUGAACAUUUCUUAUGAAGUUUGGCAUCAGAAGGAGUCAAUACUGAUGUGGAUAUUGGGUGCCAAAAAUUGUUUGUUAAAGGUCUAAAUUACUGGCUAUGGAAAACAAGGACCUUAAAAAAAAUCCUUUAAAAUGCUCCAUUUGUACAUACACUGGUGCCGACAUCAAGAAAUUACAAUACCACAUUCUCGAAUUUCACAAGUAUCAUAUCCACAAAUGCAAGAAAUGCCCUUACUCGGCAAUACUCAAGAGGAAUUUAGCCAUUCAUAUGAAAACUGCUCAUUCGCACAUAAAAAACUAUGUGUACUGCGCCAACUGUCCUUUUAGAGUGUCCAAAAAAUUUCAACUCAUACAUCACAUGCAAUUCCAUUUUAUAAAUGCACCUAAUAAGUGUAAGUACUGUACAUUUACAAGUAAACAUAAGGGAGUUGUGAUAAAACAUGAGUGGAUUCAUGGAAAAUCCAAUGUGAACUUGUACAAAUGUGAAAAGUGUGCUUAUUUUACAAGGAUAAAACACCAUUUUAAUAGGCACUCUAUGCAACAUGAACCUUCUGAAUCUAUUGCUGAUUUAAAGUACUACUGUUACACAUGUAAGUACUCCACUAUACACAAAUACAGCUUAGCCAGGCAUGUUCAGAGUUGCCUAAAGCGUUUGGCCAAAAAUGAAAUUAAAAAAGAAAAACCAGUACAUAAAACAAAAUUUAAAUGUGAACAUUGCAACUACAAAACAUCAAUAUCUGAGCAUAUGAAAAGACAUGCAGCUAUUCACCUGAAACCUUUAAGAAAUAAAAGUAUCAAAUGUUUAACAUGCAGCUACUCAACAUCCAGAAAGGAUGCCUUAAACCAUCAUAUGAUGGUCCAUAAAAAUGAUGGAAAAGUGUUAGCACCUGUGGAACAAAGAAAGUUAAUACAUGCAUGUACCACUUGCAACUAUACUACCAAUAAGAAAUCGGGUUUGGAAAGACACAUUGUAAUCCAUAUGACUAUGGAUGAAAUAAAAUGGUUUGAGUGUACCGAGUGUCCAUUUAAGGCCAAGAGAAAGUAUCAUUUGAAAGCUCAUAGACAAGGGCAUAACACUACUGAGGGCAUUAAGUGUUUAUACUGUAGUUUUUAUAGUGGAACACAUGGAAAGUUUUUGAGACAUCUUAAACUUCACUAUUAGUGAGACUUGAGAUUUUAUCUCAAGUCGAGUUUAUUUACUUUCAGUUUUAGUAGUUUGUUAAAGAAAGUUGUCAUAUUUCAUUAAGUUUAGAAAUGUCUGUGGUAAAGGCGUCUGAUCUCAAGUUAAGUUAUAAUUAGUGAUUCUUUUAUAAUCUGGAUUGCAGAUUUGAUCUCAAGUUGAGUUAUUUUUAGUAUUAGUAAUUUGUUGUUGAAGAAAGUUGUUUUAUUUUAUUAAGUUUUGAAAUAUCUGUGG